AUGGGUGGGAGAAAGAGAGCGAUCCGUUUGGAUGCUGCAUUCGGCCCUACUGCAUCACAAGAUGACGUCUAUGAUUCUUCUAUCAAAGACCUUGUACACGCAGUUCUAGAUGGCUACAACUCAUGCAUCUUCGCCUACGGCCCGACAGGCUCCGGGAAGACUUACACAGUAUUCGGUUCUCCCGAGGGCAGUGCUCAUGUCGGACUACACGAGCGGAUUAUGAGAGAUUUAUUCAGCACCAAGGAAGGUCAAGGGGGGCAUCACAUGCUCAUUUCGAUGUCUAUGGUUGAAAUCUACAACGAAUGUAUCUACGAUCUUCUCGCUCCAGGAAAAACUGUCUCUAGAAAAUCUGAACGACGCUCUGAAGGUGCGCACGCUUCUUGCUGCCAAGAUCAUGUGUCUAUGACCCGGCUUCUUCAGGCUCUCCAAGCGGCGGUGGCAACUCGUCGAACAUCAUCGACCAAUAUCAAUUCGCAUAGUUCGAGGAGUCACUGUGUUGUCACGCUGAGAACGAGUCUGCCAUGCCCAUAUACAGCAACUUGUCGUCACGGGAAACUCAAUCUCAUCGGUAUCGCCUUGCAUCACAGAUGUGUCACAGACUUUGUCAACACUGAAGUUUGCAUCGAGAGCGCGGAUGGUUGA